AUUUCACCGCCUAUGUCCCACAGAUACAUAAACUGUGAUGUUUGAAUUGCAAUUUUUUCUACAUUGAACAUAUCACCACCAGUCGGCAAUGUCGUUACCAGAUUUGGAAGACCAAGGGACCAAGCAUACACAAUGGGAUGUCACUCUCAAGUCGCCGCCAUUUUGACAUACAAUCGAGGACUUAACAUGCACAAAAGAGGUAGCAGUGGUGUCGACUUUUCUAUAACUACGACAAGAGAUGGAUCAAGGUCUUUCGGGGACCAUGAUGACAGAUGGGUUCCUCGUGGUAAAAAUAACAGGCGAAAUUUUAAGCACAAAGGCCAUGGAAAAGGAGGUCGUAGUCGGGGUGGUUCAUACAGAUAUAAUGCUGACCAACGAACUCAUAUGACUGACCAAGAGGGCGAUACAGUUAUGGAGGGUGAUGCCAUUAGUUCCCGUCAACGAUACAAUCCUUAUGGAUCAAGACCAAAGAGUCGAAGAGGUAGAAGGGACAACAACCAAGAUCAUGCUAGAGAAUAUCAUGCACCAAAUGUCACUGCUGCAAUAAGAAUGGGUCUUCCUGUCAGUAACAAAGGAAAAACAUGGUACAAAAUAUCGAUACCAAAUACAAAGCAAAUUGAUAAAGCCGUCUUAUUAAGUCUUCUUGGAAACCAUACUCCAGGCCCAUUAAGUCCCAUUGAGUUUCAUUAUGAAGGACAAAUGGCGGUAUUUCAUCUGAAAGAUCGUGACAUCGCUGAAUCAUUGAGAAAGAUCAACAAAACAAUCACAAUGCCAAACUCCAAUUUCAAGAUUCCAAUCACUGUUUCCCUUUCUGGUCCUCCUUUGCCUACAAUGGAUGAGGCAAAAGAGCAAAGUCUGAAGACUGUGAUGAGUCAGCGGUAUGAUCCUUCUGUGAAAAUGCUUGAUCUCAGCUUCCUUUACAAUGACCCAGGUCUUGUUCAGCAAGACAUAUACCUUGCACUUAAUCGUCAUUGUGUCAUGGCCAGUGCUAUAAAAAUUAUAAAAGAAAACAUACCAGAACUGGCAGGCUUGAACCUCAGCAACAAUCGACUUCUGUCUUUGAGUUCAUUGCAAGACCUGGUCAGCAAAGCCCCAUGCUUGAUAUCGCUCAAUCUCAGCUGUAAUCAGUUGCGUGACCUCACAGAGUUGGAGAAAUUAAAAGGGUGGCAGUUGCAAGAGCUUGUGCUGACUGGUAAUGUGUUGUGUAACACUUACAGGGACAAGCCUGCAUACAUAAGUGCUGUCAGAAAAAUAUUUCCCAAAGUUACCAAACUGGAUGGAAAUGAUUUGCCCCCACCAAUAACCUUUGAUGUGGAGAGAGCAGUCAUACCCCCAUCAAAAGGCUCUUAUUUUGUGAAUGAUGAAAUCCAAGACCUUGUGGUGAAGUUUCUGAAGGAGUAUUAUACAUUGUAUGACUCUGAUAAUCGACAACCCUUGAUUGAUGCCUAUCAUGAGCAUGCAGUGUUUUCACUUACUGCUAACUACAAUGAAACAAAUGACAAACAAGCAAGCCUGAAAGAAUACUUGUUAGAAAGCAGGAACAGCCUGAGGAAGAAAGGUUCAGAUCAAGAAAGAGCUCGACAAAUGGACCGCUUACUAAAGAGAGGACGAUUGCCUGUUGUCUCACAGCUGUAUUCUUUGUCACGAACUACACAUGAUGCCAGCUCCUUCAUUGUUGAUGUAAACUUUGUGUCUUCAAGUUUGCUGAGCUUCACAGUGAAUGGCCUUUUCAAAGAGACUGAUAAUAAAGCAGACAAACCCCCAAUCCGUGCCUUUAGCAGAGUAUUCGUCACCGUGCCAGCCGCAGCUGGUGGCAUUCUCGUCACAAAUGACAUGCUUACAAUCACAAAUGCCACACCAGAGCAGACCCAGGCUGCCUUCAAAAAUACAGGACCUACACCAUCCUCAAGUCCAGUGUCAUCCAACCCCCCACCUAUAAAUACACUCGUGCCACCACCUAGCACAAGUGGGGCAUCAUUGCUUCCAGCCAGUGUCGCCACCCCUGAAAGCCAGCAGCAAAUGAUUCUGGCAUUCAGCCAGAAUUCAGGCAUGAAUGUAUCUUUCUCUCAGAGAUGCCUGGUGGAAAAUGGCUGGAACUUUGAGAAGGCUGCAGAGGUUUUCACCACUCUCAAUUCUCAAGGCAAGAUUCCACCAGAAGCUUUCCUAAGAACAUGAAAGAACUUGAAAAAGAAGAAAAACCUUGAAGUAGCACCAUUUUGGGGUUAGGUGGAAACCGGCACAACAGCAGCAGCUAGGAUACCUUCUGGAUUGCUUUACAUCCAGAUAUGUUACCCCUACAGAGAGGAAACCUGACAUUUUGAUGUCAUGUCAUGGAUCCUAUAAUAUGUGAAAUAGUUGAAUAAUCUUUGUUGCCUCUGUCACCUUGACACUUUUUUUUGUCUUGUGCAAGUAUGUGAGAGUGAAAAUGAACUGAGAAUUUUUUGUUGUUUUAAGUACAUGUAAAAAGAGAACAGGCAUCAACUUUUGAAAAUUUAAAAAAAAGGUUUGUUUUAUAUUUAGGUCAACAAAACUGUGUUUUUAUAGACGAAUUCAUACUCAUGGUUGAUUAAAAGAUGCCCAUUACACACUCCCCCUUUAUUUUUGAUGUAACCAUGUGAUUUACUGAUACUUUAAAAAGUGUUAUUUUCUACUGUGCGUUGAAGGCUGUAAUCCCAGCUUAAGAUUCAUAAUAGAUUUUUCAUCAGAUGGGUUACACGUUAUAAAAUGUAACAAAACAAAAAGUUUAUGGAAAGCAAACCAUCUGUGAUACACUAUGGGAAUUAUUGCACACAGUAUCAACUUGAGUUAACUUGUGCACACCUUUUUUCCGUUGCAUGUGUUUGUUUAUGCUUGCACAUUAGAGUGUUUGUGUCCAGGAUGUUUUUAAAGAAAAAGGCAGCCAUGGUUUGUUUAUUGUUGAUUAGCCUUGUACAAAAGCAGUUGUAAAACUACAUAUUCAUUUACAGUGACAUCAGAUAUUCUGGUUUGGAUUUUAAUUUGAAGAAGCAAAUAGAGCCCUCUUGUUUGCUUAUUUUGUAAUAUACUUUUAUUGAUUGUAGUUUCCUGCUACUAUCUUGUGACAAUGGACAUCAAAGUCUAAUACUAGAUAAAACUUUUACCUGGCAAGUCACUUUGCACCUUGUACUGUUCUGUAAUGAUAAUAAGCCAGUGUAGAAGUUGCCAAUAAUUGUGUUAACAUUCACUUUCCACAAUGUCUCUUUGUAAGGCAGGCAAAGAAGAAAAACUGCCAAAAUGCUUUUGUUACAUGCCCAUAUGAAGCAUGAAAUAAAAGUGUAAAGAGUUAAA